UAAACUCAACUCCUUCUACCACCGACGCAUGACGUGGAUUUCAACAGGCCAUGUUACCUUAGAAUAACCACGAAGAAGCGCACCGCUAGCCAGGCUUCGAAGCUUCCGUUGUGCCGCUUAGCUCAUGGUAAUUCUUUUUUCCAUGACAGCCGGAAUCCAUCUAAGGGCCAUGGCUACACUCAAAAUAUCCCGCAAAGCCACUUAAUGCCAAAUGUGGAAAAAUUGGCAGAAUUUGACCAGACGAUAAUUCCCUGGUACGGGAAAUCGUUUUUUCUUUUCCCCUCUUCUUUUACGUCGGUCGCUUGUAUUCUCUCUAUCGCUCUCUUUUCCGUCCACCCCCUUUUGCCCUACAGCCGCCUAAAGCAAAGGGAUAGAGGUAGCGAGAUGACUUCACACGUUCCCUCCGAAGCAACCACUUGUACAUACCGAUUCCUCUCUUCUCUGGAUGACCACGUCCCUCCAACUAUUCCACAUAUUGUUAUAAGGCAGCAGCCUCGACAAGCCAAACAAAGUAUAGCCUAUGAUCGAGAGCGACGGCCAGUGGAACCACCACCCAUUGUACAAAUAGAAUUCAGCAAUUUAACGGCACAAGAAACGAUGACAUGCCUACAAAGUCCGUACUAUUUCAUGACCGCUAGGCUGGUUACACCAGAUAGUAGCGUUAGGCAACCCAAGUUGUGUGAUCAUGAGGAAGAUGUUCUGACAGGAUCAGUGGUAUCUUCCUUGCACCGUCUGAAAGAUGUUGAUAACCAAGACGCCGGAUUUUUCGUCUUUGGAGACUUGGCCAUCAAGAUACCAGGUACCUUUAGGAUCCAUUUCAGCUUGUAUGAAAUAAGAGGCGGUCAGGUGAUUAAUCGGGAAUCCAUUGCCACCGAACCAUUUACGGUAUACUCGCCAAAGCAAUUUCCUGGGCCACUUGAAUCCACAUUUCUCUCGCGCACAUUUGCAGAUCAAGGUGUUCGCAUGAGGAUAAGAAAAGAACACAGAAUGCAUUCUUGUGCCUAGCAAGAGAAAACCAACGACUGAGGAGUCUAGUGAUAAAGCUGGUAGUCGUAAGGCAUCGUCCUCACGGCUACGCAAUCACUCUGUUCGAUUCGUAUCUCAAAACUCCAUGUAUGGAGGGAGCAAUACCUCUAAAGCGACGACUCCACGACGAAAUGCAGCUGCUGGCCCUGCUGCACCAUCGACACCGGACCACCCCCCAGAGGAAGCCAAAGAGUAUCAUGUUGGCAAAUUCCGCUUCGAAAGAGAAGAAUCAAGGCAGCCUUCCAACUCGCCUCCCAUAGAGCUUUUAGCCUUGUAUGCUGAGCGAGCUGCCAAAGAAUUA